GCUUGUGACGACACAAACUGAUUGCCGGAGAGUAUAAAAGAACCAAGGAGCCCAAAAGUAUCUAUCAUACCAGAAAGAUCUGCCGAAGCAACAGCACCAUGAAAUUUUUGAUUCUUUUCUUUGCCCUAUUCGCCGUGGCGUUCGCCAAGCCCCAAUGGGGUGGUGGAUUCGGGUGACCAGCAGCAGCAGCAGCAAGGCGGAUUUGGAGGCGGAUUCGGUGGUGGAUUCGGUGACCAACAGCAGCAGCAACAGCAAGGUGGAUUUGGCGGCGGAUUCGGAGGUGGAUUCGGUGAUCAGCAGCAGCAGCAACAGCAAGGUGGAUUUGGCGGCGGAUUCGGAGGUGGAUUCGGUGAUCAGCAGCAGCAGCAACAGCAAGGUGGAUUUGGAGGCUGGUAAAAACCUUCCCUUCUAAAAACACAAUCUGACCAACACCUUAAAAGAAAAAAAAUUAACAAAUAAAACUAUGGUAUUUUUAUGAAACUGAA